AUGGUGCAGACCCGCGCAUCGUCGGCGCGUGCGAGCAGCAACGGCACCACCCAUGAGGCCUCGGCGCCGUCGCCUGGGCACGCGGUGGCGGCGCGGUGGGACGACGUGCACAACUUCCGCGACAUCGCUGAUGCGGACCCCAGAAUUCUGCCGGACGUGCGGCAGCUGUACAACGAUCUGAGCGUCAAGGAGCUGAUUGACCUGCGCAGCAGCGACGAGCUGAGCAAUCUGCCAGACGAGCACUUCACUGUGUUUGAGGGUAUUGGAUUCUGCAAGUACGUGAGGGAUUACGUCACAAACCGGUCCGUUCCCAACCCGCUGGCCACCACCGUGACCGACAAGGACAUAAUGAGGGUGCACAUCCCCCCGCUGGAGAAGCACCGGCUGUACCGCUCCCUGAUCUCCCGCAUGCCCCUGCGCACCGCCGCGUACGUCGUGGCCACCUCCAUUGUCAACAAGGAAGCGGGGCGGGCGGCGGCAAUCAACGAGGUCAACGCCGCGGGCCUGGAGGGGCUGUAUGAGAUCCUGCUGGACACGGCCAAGAUGGAGUGGGUAGCCGCGCUGCAGCGUGUGCUGACUGCUGCGGAGAAGGGGCGGCCUGUGCUGUUCUUCUGCAAAGCCGGCAAGGACCGCACGGGCAUCCUGGCGGCGCUGCUGCUGUCCAUAUUGGGCGUCCCCGAGGACCGCAUCAUUGCUGAUUACGUCAAGUCGGACGAGUGGCACCACGUGGCCCUCGCCGGCAUUGAGAACGACAGCCGCGCCGCCGCGCUGGACAGGGCGAAGUUUGAGCGCGCCCCCGCCGAGGCGAUCCGGCACGCGCUGCAGCACAUGAGGCGGACGGCGGGCGGCGUCGAGGCGUACCUGCUGGGGGCGGGGCUCACGGCCGACGAGAUGCGGCGGCUGCGGGCGGCGCUGCUGCGGCCGGGGGCGGCGGUGGCGGCGGCGGGCGGGGCGCACGCGAAGCUUUGA